AUGGCAGAAGAAGAGUUGCCAGGUGUUUUGAUUCUAGAUAUAGGAGGAGCUUAUGGUGUGCUCGACAACAUUGCAGCACUUUUGAAAAAACACUUUCACCUUAUCACCAUGAAGGAGUUUCUUGAAAACAAAAAAGAAAUGAGCAAAAAAAUCCAAUCAGUUUUCGUGUUUGAGUGCAGGCCAACUAUUGACUGGGAGCUUCUAGAAAGCCUGCCUAAUUUAAAGGUAAUUGGAAACUCUGGAGUUGGAGUCGAUCACUUAGACCUGAAAAUGAUUUCUAGCUUCGGCGUAAAGGUGACAAACACUCCGCAUGCUGUGGCAGACCCAACAGCAGACAUAGGAAUGGCCUUGAUGCUGGCCUCUGCCAGAAGACUAGUGGAAGGCUGCCAGAUUGCAUUUUCUCCUGACACAAAGUAUUUUGCUGCUGACUGGCUGGGAGUGGAAGUAACCAGAGCAACACUUGGGAUCAUCGGGAUGGGCAAUAUUGGGUACAAAGUGGCUCAGAGAGCCAGAGCCUUUGACAUGAGGAUCCUGUACCAUAACAGGAACCGGAGAGGAAAGGAGGAGGAAGAGGCAGUUGGUGCUCACUACUGUGAGAAGAUGGAACACUUGCUACAGCAAUCUGACUUUGUUAUGUUGGUUGUGAACCUGACUCCUGAGACUUGCAAACUGAUUGGAAAAAAGGAGCUGGAGCUCAUGAAACCCACAGCUACUCUUAUAAACAUUAGCCGAGGUGCAGUUAUUGAUCAAGAUGCAUUGGUUGAAGCUCUCCAGAAUAAGGUUAUUAGGGCUGCUGCCCUGGAUGUGACAUACCCUGAGCCUCUGCCGAGGGACCAUCCUUUAUUGAAAUUAAAUAACAUCAUCAUAGUCCCUCACAUUGGAACCGCAACAGUCCAGGCUACCCAUAGGAUGGCAGAGGAGGCAAUAGCAAACAUGCUGGCUGUUCUCAAUGGCCAACCCAUUCCAAGUGAAGUGUUUCCUAAAUGA